UCUCUCUUUUAGGGCAUCUCAGGGGUUAAAUACCAGGUAGAUAUAUACCCAGCGCGCUGUUUCUACAGAUAUAUACAUAGAUCCCUAUUUUUAUAUGUACAUAAACUAUUAAUUCAUAUGUAUAAUUCAUGUCCAAUCCCGUCUUUAAAGUCUUUAUGUGCAGUUUGUGUAUAUUGGUAAUUUAUUUGGAUAUAAGGCGAACAGCAGGAAACGAGGGAACUUACACUAGCCACAACGAAGCCUACAAACGUCCAGAAACGAGUACUGAGGUCUCAAUUGAAUCUCGUAUUGGGCAUUUUUUAUAUUUUGCAUUUUUUAUAUUUUAUAGGACAUCAUAUCGUGUGUAAAGAGUGAUGCACACGUCAAUUUCGUUUAAGAAACGAGACAAGUCCAUCCGCAAUACUUGGCAUAAAUCCU